UGGCAAUCCCUGCUGCCAGACGUACCUCAAAACUACAGGUCCAAACGGCCUUGCAAGUCAGUGUGUCUGUGGACGUCGUGGGAGGCAGGUUUCGCUCAUCUCUCUAGUGAAGAUGACCUCGCCGGCACUCCUGUUGCUGGUGCUGUGGGCAACCGCACCGCUUGUACCGCCCACGGUGGAGGCCCACCCUCACCCCACGCCCACAGCCCGCCCACGCUCCUCCACACACAACGCCCAGACUGGAGACUACUCCUUCGCCUAUGCCGUCGAUACUCCUGAAGACGGGAACUUCCACGACCGAGCCGAGGCGCGUGUAGGCGAGGAGACCCGAGGCCGCUUCAGAGUGGCGCUCCCUGAUAAUCGACUACAAACGGUGCUUUAUAAAGCCGACGACAAGGGCUACCAUGUCUUCAUUUCCUAUGAUCCGCAUCCUGAUUUCCCUGCUUUGAGGGCUUCCAUCGGCCCCAUAGGAGACGCCCCUGAGAUUGGCCAGUCGGUUGUGGAAAGUAUUAGGCGAGGGGAGAACUGGAAGGGUCACAAGGAUCAGAAAGAUGGGGAACAUGACCAUGAUUCGAGACAUACAAGUCACCAGGAGCUUGAUAAUGCGGUAGUGCCGACGCCCCGUCGUGUUCAACCCUCGCCCAGAGUUGAACCCAAAGGCGGAAUUCGAUCCACGAUAGGUGAUCGAACCUCGACCACAGUUCGGCCCAGGACCACAACUCUACCCACAACCAGAGCUCAACCAACGUCUAGGCAGCCAAGGCUAUUCAGUGCGUCUCCCCCGGAGCCCAAGCCAUCUUCACGCACCUCUUCCUCUCCGCCAGUCACAAGCCUGACAUCACAAACCCAGCGCCCCAAAAAACCUUCCUUGACGUCUGACUCCGGACAAGAAACUCGACGUCUCAAAGACACUGGCGCUCGAAAGAGCCCAUCACGAUCCUCAACCAAUACCCGGACGUCUGUACCCUCCAUCAGCAGCGAAGCCGCCUCCCUCUUCAUUUCAGCCGAAGAUUUCGACGAUCCUCAACGUCUGACUCGCUUAAUUGUUGCAAUAAGAGAAAAGGCAGCUGAAGGCAUGCAAACAAUCCUUCAUGGCGAUGACCAUGAUUCUAAGGAGAAGGAGCCGCAUCGACACUACAGUAUAGGGGAUAAGGCGAGUGUUCUGGAUCGUCUUAGAGCCGUGGUACACACCGUUCACCUGGCCCGCCUCCGCGCUAACUAAACCCUUUACCUGCUACGCUCUAAGGCGUGGCAGGUUGGCAAUCUCAAUCAAAAUAUCUCUGAUAUUUACGAUUAGAUGAUAAUAUGACAAUUUUUCCACGAUAUGAAAUUGAAAAUAGCCGAAUGUUAAGCCUCUUAAUGUUAGAUCAAAAUCUCUUCCCACAAAUUCUCUCAUACAUAACAAUCUCAAUUUGUGAUUUCUGUCUUAAUAUUACACUUCAAUCUCAACUUAUUAACAUGUAUGUCUAACUAAUCCUGCAUCUUUCCAGAAGGAAUAUCUAAUGUAUCCUCAUCUCUGUCUACUAAUACUUGUGUCUCUCGUCCAAAUAGCAAAAAGCUUGCGAAGAACUGCAUGAUUAGAAAAAGAUCAUGAACCCAACUGUGUGCCACUGUCAUCUCCGUCAGUUUUCUAUGCGCUUUGUUCACCAGUAAUCGCGUGAAUUCAUUUAUCUUUGCUUCCCAUUGGCUAGAAUAUUUAUGGGGAUUAAAUAACCUAUUUCUCAUUUUAUUCCUGAAUGUCUGUUGUUCCGAGAUUUUAAUUUGAUAAUUAUUUAUAUGCGUUUAUUUAUAUUCCAUGAAACGGUCGAGUGUGGCGAUUGUGUCAUGAAUAAUUCUUGAUCAUUAAAAAUUUUUGGUUAUUGAUAAUUCUUGGAGGUGAAAAUGCGGACGAGAGUAGCCAGAAACGAGUGCUAUUGUCAGAAUUUUUGCCAGCACAAAAGUUUUCUUUUUACUGACAGAAUCAAUUUUCCCAAAAAAGCAGAUGUUUACAAAAGCAAAAGCUCCCACGAACGUGCAUGUAUUUCGGGGCUGUUGAAAUUGGAGGUGACGAUGUUUCGAUCCAUUUUGGACCUUUAUCAAGUUGAACCCGUUUCGACUUGAUAAGUAUCCACGAAGGACCGAAACGUCGUCAUCUCCCUAUGUGUAUGUUUGGUUAUUUGAUGACGUAUUAACAUGGUAAAUGACCACGGGCCAGAUUCACGAAGCAGUUACGCAAGCACUUACGAACGUGAACACCUUUCCUCAAUCUUUGACGGCUUUGUUUACAAUUAUUAAACAGUUAAUGAGCUUCGAAGCACCAGGAGGCUGUU